AUUCAAUAUUGACGAUACACAAGGUCAUGACCUCAAGUUGUUGAGCCCUUACGCUUCUCUGGCUCCCUAGUACGUAACGCACCUUCUGGCUAGACGAAAACCGCUACACGUUACAGACUGUUUAAAGUCUCUUGCAUCUACAGGUAGUUCUGCUAACUAUGUUUAGAUGAAAACACAAUUGUCACAAAAGCUUUUAACUCCCAUUUUUCGUGGGUUUUUCCAAGUUUCGGUAACGUUUUUUAAUUAAACGCAACAACACACUUCGCUAUUAUAUAAGGAUACCAGUAGAGUUAUAACGAUGAUCAACCAGUCAGAUGUAAAUGAAACACCCGAAAGAUAAAUUCUAUGGCUAAAUGAUUGACAUUUUCCGCGUGAUGUAGACUGGCAAUAUUAAUUAUUUUUUCCAUUAAAUCAAAACGUAUACUAGUAAGGCUACCAAAACAGAUAUUAUUCACCAAGUAUCUGUACCUUGUUUCACAUACCAGAUUAUUGAAGGUGUUCUUCAAACCUAUUGAGUGUUUCGACUGCUUCGGUAAUGUACUGAGUAACACUUCUAGAGUCCUCGCACUGAUAUCAACUUUAGCUUCUGUACUACAAAGAACAUCGUCUCACCACAACCGUCAAGCGUAUGUAGCGUAGGUGUAAGGGGUAAACCGGACCAUAAUAACUAGUUAAAUGAAGCAGUACGAAAGGCAACUGUAGUGUUCUUUAUUUGGCGUAAAUGGGUCAGUCUUUAUGUGCUCCUGUUCUAUCCAAGGAAACGAAGAGCUGGCAGAAUGAAAAUUAUAGUGUUGCAGUAUCCAGCAUGCAAGGAUGGCGUGUACAUAUGGAAGACGCUCAUAUGUGUUUACUAGAGCUUCCUGGUGAUCCAAAGGCUGCCUAUUUCUCAGUUUUUGAUGGACAUGGAGGUACAAGAGUGGCAAAUCAUGCAAGUCGUCAUCUUCACGAGAAAAUUCUUGAACAAAUUGAAUAUAGUCGGAACGACAUAAAAGAGGCUAUUCGUCAUGCCUUUCUUUCUAUGGAUGCUGAGAUGCAAUCUGAAAUGACCACAUAUUCUGUUAAAUCAUCGGCACCGAAAUUAGACAGCUCAGUUAAUUUAACAGCUCCUGGUUCAGUUGUAGCAGUGAAAGAUAGUACUGUUGAAACCCACAAUGACAGUACAACAAGCUUCUCUUUGAAAAUUCCAAAUCCAGGUGAUGAAUUGGCUGGAUCCACUGGAAUAAUAGUCCUACUGAAAGAUCAAAUGCUUUACUGUGGAAAUGCUGGAGACAGCCGUGCAGUAUGUAGCAGACGUGGUGUCGCAGAACCUUUGUCUACAGAUCACAAACCAACUCUACGUGCUGAGAAAGAACGUAUUUCUGCUGCUGGUGGUUGGGUCGAUGCAAAACGUGUGAAUGGGAACCUUGCACUAUCACGAGCUUUCGGGGAUUUUGUCUUCAAGCGUAAUCCACACCAGUCUGCCGAAAACCAAAUUGUAACUGCGAAUCCGGACGUUUUUGUUCGACGACUUUCAGUCGAAGAUGAUGAAUUUAUUGUACUGUGUUGCGAUGGUAUAUGGGAUGUAAUGACAAAUCAGGAAGUUGUAAGCUUUAUUCGUCUGCGACUCAGUUAUGGUAUGCUUCCAUCUAAAGUAUGUGAAGAACUUAUGAUGCGAUGUCUAGCACCUGACUGUCAUACAAAUGGUUUGGGCUGCGAUAACAUGACUGUCGUUUUGGUCUGUCUCUUACAAGGACGCCCGUUCUCGGAUUUGCAACGCAAGUGUUCUCGAUCGUGUCCAGCCGGUCCAGCAGCCGAUAUUUUAGGUGCAUGAGGCUGUGGGAAUUUAUCGCCGUGAAUUUCCUUUGUAGUCCUAGCUGAGAGCUUCGCCUUGCCACUUAUUUUGAUCUAAUAUUUACAAUAAUUUUUUUACCUCCUAUGUAGUCUUGCAUUUUGUUUCUAAGAACUGUAACCUCACUGCAUGUAAUUACUUUAAAAAUUCGGUUAAUUCUUGAAUGAUAUUAAAAGUUGUGAGGAUUUACCAUGCUUGUUGGUAGAUAGAUGUGUUAUAUAACUUAUCAAAUUGAAUGGAAGUUUGCUUAUCUAUCAUAUAAAGAGUUCAUCAAUUUGUGUGUGGGCUGUGAUACUGCCCGGGUGCCCAAACCGAAGCAGGUGGUUAUCUUAGGGGGCCACUCCCCGAGCCUUUGACCUAAAGGUCUAACCCACAAGGCAGUGGAGCAUCGUAAGGAGAUGCAGUCCCAUGGUAGCCGGUGACCAACGAUUGGUUCAUACGCCAUUUGUUCCCGCAGGAUACUGGAGCCCAUGUGCACCAUUGAUUUGGAAUCCGGUUAAAGCGCCGGACAUUCGCUUUUCGUCCUCUCAUUUUCGUAAACAACACCCCCGCCACGAGAAGGCAGUGAGUAGGACUUCCCUGGCAGAGGCUGUAUACGCGUGGCCGUGUGAGAGUAUUUCGAGAGGGAGAGCGGACUCUCCCCACUCUCGGCCGUACCAGAGACGUUAGACGACUCUCUGUGUUCGAUCAUCGCUGUCUCCGAAGGAUUGCUGACAUUCAGUGGCAACACCAUGUCAGUAAUGCAGAGGUUCGGCAUCGUGUGUUCGGGCACAGAGAUGAUAAUCCAAUUGGUGUCACCAUCUUGAAACACCGACUUCGGUGGCUUGGACAUGUUCUACGAAUGUCGUCUCAGAGAAUUCCACGCCGUGCAUUAUUUGCCGACUCUGGGACUGGUUGGAAGAAGCGGAGAGGUGGUCAGUGCAUGACAUGGUGUCGUGGUGUGAAAGAAAGCUGCAAAGGACUGGCUUGUGUUGGUCCUUCACGACUCCCUGGUUGGGGUCUGAGAGAUGGUGCUACACAGUGGCUAGAGACGUUAUCAGAUAUGGCUCAAAAUAGAAGCCAGUGGCGAUCCUGCUGUAACCUUCUUUUACUUUCUUCAUAAAAAGUGAUUGUGUCUCAUUUACCUGAAAGAUUUCUUCUGAUUGUACCUUUUCGUUCCGUCGUUACUACCACACUACCUUACUUCAAUCUCUUCGUCAUUGUUCUCUUUUUCUUUUGCGCUCCUUAGUUUUUUUUUCUACUUCUCUUGAAUUCUCAUUGUUUUGUGUGGCGCAUAUAUAUUGGCGCUCUCUUGUACCAAUAUUCAUGUGUUCAA